UAAAUUUACGAUCAGAUUUAGUCAAGUUGUAAAUAAAAUCAGAGAGUUUCUUUAAAUCGGCUCGAUGUCCGAAGUGGUCGAAGACACAACAUGUGCUUCAACAUACGUGAUCACGAAGGACAAAUUCAAGGUACGAUAAUAAUAAUCCGUCUCCAAAAGGAAUGAACGAUAUCUUAACGUGCCAAGCGCGCGAGAGAUUAUCUCCGAAAAUACCUUCGACGCUCGAGUGUAACCUGCCUCCACACUUCUGAGUCAUUCCUAUAAUCAUGUGCAACGCACGGGCGUACUUUAUGGUGCGGUUAAUUCGACGAAGUAUCGAUUCGAACUUCCGCCGAAUUUCACCCGCGACCACUCAAAUUAUUUGCAAGCGAAAAAUAUGAAUUCUUAAAUAAUUUAAAUUGUAUUUAAUUUUAUUUAAAUAAUUUAAUAAUUAAAUUCUCUAUCCAUCAGUGCGCAACGUUUCUCAGGAAUUUUCAUUUUUUUUAAAUUUAAAAAAUGUUAUCUUUUACACUUACACUUAUUUGUGCCACGAAUAGCUGCGAUUACUGCGAAUGCUCGGUCACGCCGUAGUGAAUCCGCACGAAUUACACAGCAUGCCGUUAUCAGCCGUUAACGAUUACACAUGGUGCCAAACCGCGUCAUUACGCAAAGCCCGGAUUUACUGCAACGGCGCGUGCACUGAAAGUGCAGCAAGGUGCAACUCAUUCGGUCGGAAAUUCGCGGAUACAAUAACACCGCGAAGUGCAUUCUGCCGGCGGGGAUUAACGGCAGCGGUCUCCUACACUCAUUUCAGCCAGUGCAUAACACAAGGUGCAGCAUAUUAGGCGUUAAAAGUGCUUAAAUAAAUCAAAUAAAAGCAGAAUCGGGAUAAACAUUAAAUUGGAAUUUAUUAGAUGUAUGCAAAAGUUUUAAUUUAAUUUUUUUAUAUUAAUAUUUUUUAAUUAUUUAAACUUAUAAAUUCUCGCUUGCUUACAUUUUCCCAGAGCUUUUUCACCGAGAUUUGUAAACGUCAUAUGUAUGAUUUAAUAUGAUAAAUAUAGCUUCGACAAACAAUAGUGAACUCAAUGGAAAGCUUGCAUGCUUUUCGUAUUCAGCGAACCACUUUGAACUUGGGCUAGAAAGUUUUACUGCGCGUGAUGUAUUCACUGAACUUGGCGCCAGAUUACCACUUGUUCCAGUCGAUGCAGCACUUUUUAAGUGAAUAAUACUUUCGAGAAGUGGUCGAGAUAUCAAAAAGCUUUCUUCGCAAAGGAAUUCGAAAGACAAAGCAGAAAAUCGUAGAAAACAAGGGCAAAUAUUUUGAAUCGUGUAACGUACAAACUUACGCAUCUAAAAAGCGAAAAUGUGCAGAAAGUGACUAAACCUUUUGCACAUAUCUAAUAAAUUCCUGACAUUUCUACGUCACCGUUCUCAUUCUUCAGAAUGCAUUUCAGAAAUUUUAUCAUUUUAUCUCUAAAAAUCAUAAUCUUAAACAAACGCCCGUUUUUGUCUAUUUAUUCAAUAGACAUCAUUUGGGUGCAAAUUUAAGGAGACAGGCGUGCCACAUUUGAUGCCUACGUGCCUAGAGCCUACUCCAAAGUGCAAUCGCACACUUGUUCACGUACACGAGGCGGGGGACCUUGGUCCCGUCGUAGUUCAACUCGUUCUCUGCACUCUCCGCACUCGCAUGAACUAUAGGCAGCGGCGCAUAAGGUGGCGGUGCACCGCCAAAGUGCAGACCGAGACGCAACUGUAGUGUUUUAACAACCGGCCGGUUUGCGAAGUUAGUUGACUCGCGACCGUCACUCAGGCGAGACCCGAUUCGCAUCCUCUUUGUUUCGCGUUUCACCCCCUGCCGAGUACAAAUAUAAUUUCCACCCCGCGUACGCAAUACAACGUGGAUUUAUGCGUGUCAAAGUGCGUCGAUAAAUAUUCUCCGAGGAGGAGGAGGGAGGCAGGGUGAGCGUUUAGCGUUUUAAAUGCACAGCGAUAUGCGUGCCGCCUUUGUCUUCCGCGCGUUCGCACAUUUCUAUAAAUAAUUCCGCCAAUCGCCGAAGCGGAGCGAGCGGAGACACCGCGUAUCGCUCCGUCGUCGUUGUCGACUCGCGCUGCGAUUCCGCCGCGCGGAAAGGACGCGCCGCGUCCGCCGAAUCGACGCUUUGUUCGUCGCGAGAUGAAUUCUUCCUUCAAUCUGAAUCGAUCUUCGAGGCCGCCCUGCGAAAGAAUCUACGAUCUUGUGAUCUUGUGUUAGACGUGGCUGAUUAAUAUCGACACGGAGUUCGCGUGAGGAUCAUUUUUCGCGUAGUGGUAAUAAUAUAGUGGUGUUCUUGGACAGCUGAAGGUUUCUUCGUGUUGCAUGAACCUUUCAUAUUGGUUCGUUCUUAUCCUCUGCCAAUUUUUGUUCUUCCUCUUUUUGUUUUUAUGCCACAAGUGUAGUGCAAAAGUUCAUGCAAUAUGAAGAAACCUUGAGUCUUGUUCUCGGGAGGAAUCGCGGCAUUUGAGAGUUUCUGGGGGAAUAUACGGAUUAAUCGAGCGAUACAUCGUAAAGUGUUCGAUAAGAAGAUAAGGAGAAUUUUCAUUGACACUGAACGAGUGCUUAGUGACGUUUCUAUUUAGAGACAGUUCUAUUUAGAUAAAUCAGAUAAAAAUAUCUUUGAUCGAUCUCGCGAGUUCGUUUGGAUAUUGUUUUGGAUAUUGUGUAUUGAUAUACACAAGUCUUGUAUUCUCAAUUUAAUAAUUAUUCAUUCGUAUUUAAAUGAGCCAAUCUAUAUUAUUUUAUUUCUGCAGAGAAAGAUGAACUGUAAACAAACAUUGUAAUUAAAUUGAUGAAAUCGAUGAAAAUACAAGAGAAGUAAGCCGAGAAACGUAUUUCGAAAUUAAGACUUUACAUGUCGACUUGGAAUUUUUUGAAGCAACACAAAAGGAAAUCGCGCUCUUUUAUACGAAGUGUCGGAAUGGGCUUGUCUUGAUGAAGAUAGACUUGGCUCGAUUAAGCAUAAUAAGACGCAUGACGCAAACCGGAAAGAAUAAAUAGGCGACAGACGCUCUUCAGCUUAAAAUCUUUUAACGUGAAAAGGAAGCGUAAAUUUGUCUCAUCUUUUUUCAAAGUAUACGCCGGAAGAAAAGUAAAUUAACUAAAUAAAGAGAAGAAAAUCUCGCUUAUCGAACCUUUUAGUAUUUAUUUCGCGAUAUACUGCUAAUCGAUAAGCUACUUCUCGACGAUUCUGGAAAACUCGAUACAGGAUAUUGGCUAAUACAUACACGUGCGGACACACAUAGAGGGUGUCUCCAACAUAAGGCAAAACCUGUUAAUGAGUCUUGAUGUUCGAUCGUGUUGUGGAAACACCCUGUAUACCAGCGCUAAAUUUAGACAAAAGAAUUUCCGCGCGGCCGUUUGCUCCUUCGGUUUUGCUCGAUUUUUGCGAAAUAAGCCUAAGUCAACGUCUCCCGUCUGUUUCUCUGGAACCUGGAGACUUUCAUGCUACAGAUUCACAAAUCCCCGAGUUACGCGCGCCAGGAUAUAUACGUGUGUCUGUUAUGGGGUGAACCAACAUAGAAAGGAUGCUCAUCACCAAGUAUACCACGAUUUUACUGCGAUCGACUAAUCAGCACUUUAUCAGGAGCGAUGUCUUCCUGGAGCCUUAUCUGCAGCAGCACGGAACUGUUCAGGUGGUCAGUUCGCCAACCACCCCGCCGCCGAAUCCGCUACAGCAUCGUCAACUUACGCAGCUACAUCAUGUACAGAGCGAAGAAUCGCUUUCAUCAGAAGGAUCGGCCACCUCAGGAGGAUCUUCGGAAUCCAUGGAAGAUUCUGGUAGCGAGGUAGCUUGUGACAUUACCUUGAUCGAGAGACUCAUACGCUCUCAUCCAAUCUGGUUCUUGCCGGACAUUCAAAGGGCCGGAGCCUUUCAUUUGCUGCAGGGCAAAGAGGAGGGGAAUUUCGUGGUGCGACAAUCAAGCCAGAGCGAUACCAUGGCUCUUUCCGUAAGAUUACCCGCCGGCAAAGGGCCCUACAUCGAGCACUAUCUGAUUCAGGCAAACAAGGGCAAGCUGAGCCUGGAGACGAGUGAGAACAGGUUCGACAACAUCCCCUCGCUGAUCGCUCAUUACUCCCAGUGCUGUGACGAGUUGCCGGUGCAAUUGAUACUGCCGAGAGCAAUGCGGGAGGCGAAGAACAGGCAGCAGUUGUCAUCGCUGGCAUUAUUAGGCCAAGAAUUCUGGCGGUACCCCAUGGCGAAUCCGAAACAACCGGAGAGCAGCAGCAGCAAUACUUCUAGUCUCAGCAGUUUCCAUGGAGGUAACAAUAACCACCAUAAUAAUAAUAAUAACAAUAUUGACGCAAACACCCCGGUCACGGAGAAUAUAGUGCUAAAUUUGGCUCCGAUAUCAUCUCACGAUACACAUACUUCUUCUCCAACGAAUACUGUCAAGGCGAAUAUUUCAACAUUUGCGUCAUCAUUGCCGCGUCAGCCGCGACCAACUCCGCCAAAUACCCUCAAUCUGACGACUUUCAACGAACCGUUAAAUGACAGUAAAAGAGAACGGAUCUCGUCACCUAGCGAUAAGCUCUCCCACAAGCUGAUCUCGCCGAAUCUGGUACAGAGCGUGCGAUGCGCGUCGCCAGUUGUUCACAAUGUAGAAAACAACGUUUUGAGUCCAAUCCAGGAUGCGAAAAGUGUCGAUACCCCGAAGAACGGUGGUUUGGACACACCGAAAUCAACGACAGCCGGAUUCGCUAGGAGUUCAGGGAAGUUCACGUCCACGUUGAGUUUCCAUCAGAACAAUUUGUCCACCACGUCGCCAGUAUUGCCCGACAUCCGCAAUGUCGUUGCCGAAAAUCAUGGGAUUGUGCAAAAUGUAAAGACACCGCCGCCGCCGCCACCGAGAUGGGCCAAGCCUGGCAUGAACCAGAAUCAGAACAACUUCACUGUCACUGCAACGGUGACAUUUAAUAUGGACCACAGCAACGACAUGAAUUCUUCGCAGAAUACGCCAUCGGAUGUCAACACGUCGCUACUGAGUCCCCAAUCCAACAAAUCUUUAAUUUCCAAUCCCUCUGUUAAAUCACCCCUUUCACCCACCACUCCAGUCUUAUCCCCCACGUCAAAAUUAAUUAUGAAGACACCGAACGUACUCUCUCCAAACACUCCAUCCAGCACGAGUAAGUCGAAGAGGAGACGCGACCGUGAAAACCGGAAAAACUCCCAGCAUUAUCAAGAAUCUGAUAUCUUGGACUCGUACUAUCGUAGCUCGCCAGCCGAUAAAAUCUCCGAUUAUGAGGACAUUUGGAAUACGACGGAUCAGUCGACGCAAUCGACUUGGAACGACAGAUUACGAGACAAUAGGCUCAUGGGUCCCACUCCGCAGGAUCGUUUGAGAAGUUCCAAUGACCGUCUGAUGAUGAGUCCAAGGGAAUCUGACAGGAGUUUCGCUAACGAACGAUUACCGGUGGAAGAGCAAAUGGUUCUAAAGAACGACAGGUUCAUCUGGAGGAACGACAAGACGGGGUACAAGGAAAUGACGAGUCCAGAAUUCACUAGCUUUAAACCUGCCCCGGAAAUGAAGAGUCCUGAUCAAGGAUCGCUGGAAGAAACAGUGAUAGGAAAGAGGCCCGAUCUGCUAUCUAGAGUUUGCAGUGCCAAUUCGUUGAACAGCCCGAGCACGGUAACGCCACCGAGAAACAAACUAGGCCUCGUGCUCGCUAAAUCGGAGAGCAACAGCCCGCAAACUCCCGAAUCUAAACAGAGCAGCCCCUUUUACGCGGAACCGGCCGACGCUAUCGCUCAAAGCGUCGCUAUUAUCCCAAGGCGACGAGCGACUAGGAACAAUCCAGCAAUGAGCAAAUAUCGACACAGCGAGCCAGGCUGGUUACAAACGCCAACGGGGAACAACGUUAAUCAGUUGCAUCCUAUUGAUUGCUGGGAGGAGCCCUCCGAGGAGACGGAGGACAAAACGCCGUUAAUUUCGUCAUCGGUCGACAACCUCGCGAAAAGAUUAGGUCAAAUUGGAGAAACGAAAAAAAUUCCUCGGGCGAAACCCGUGCAACCGCCGAAAAUUAGAAGCAAAGUCUUCAACGAUACUUCCUGGGCGGUGGACUCUAGCUGGGAAUUUAUCGGCAACGAGGCAGAAGAUUGCGAGGCAGACUACGAUUGCAAUGCUGACUACGAGGGCGACAAUACCAAUGCAAAAAAGUUUCCGGGUGAUGAGGAGUGCAAUAAGGAUAUCAUCGGAAACACAUUGACCGUUCAGAGCAUCAUUUUGCAACGAUAUCCAGAACUAUUAAAGCCCCCGGAUACGUCCGAAUCGCUGUACAGUGACCGGAAUUCUUCGUACGACAAUGUGGAGAAACGGAACGUGGAACGUGAAAAUACGCCGGACUCGCGAAAGGAUCGCACGUACGACCCCUCCGAAUGGGAGAGUAUGCUGGAUACGGAUGCAGAGAGCGACAUCGAGAAGAUGAAGCGGAACAAGAACUUCAAAGAACGAUUAGAUCCUCUCUUGUCACCGCCCCGAGUACAAGCGCUUUCGAGAAAUCGUGAUCAAAAUGAAACUGGCGCGGCCAUCAGGACAUACGCUCUCCAGCUUGCAGCUGAUAAGACCACGACCUUCUCACAGAACAUCGAAAACUUUAUCCAGUGCACGCGGGAGAGUAAAGAGGCAAAUGCGAAAGUGGUGAUGCGCAAUAUGCGACAAUUCAUGUCAGGCAUGAAGAACUAUUUGGUGAAGCACGGCGAACGUGAGUUUGAGAGAGAAGUAGAGAAAGAGCGAUUAAAACUACGUCCGAACGAAUUCCUCAAUCUCGAUGCGAUCCUCGAGGACGUGAUGAUGCACCUGGUGGUGAAGCCUCUGCGGGAACAUAUAUAUGGACUUCUCAUUGAUAAUUACGCUACCACUCAAGCGCUACAGACCUUGGCAGAAAACAUCCAGCUUGCUCAGGGCAAGACCAUUUAUGAUCUCGGUGUAGAAUCAAUGAUUCUUCCCCCCUCGGAGGAGAAUCUGGAGUGUAUUCUUAAGUGUAUCGAGCGAUUACAGCGAGUCGACUCUCCGUUGGACAAACUGGAGCACCUGCUGGCGGCUAUCUCGGCUAUUUUUAACUCUGUGAAGCAGGCUAAUUCGGACAGGCAUAUCAUAUUAGGCGCUGAUGAUCUUCUGCCGCUGGUAGUCUGGGUAUUGGUGCGCGGUAAGGUGAUGGAUGCAGAGAUCGAGGUUGAAUAUAUGUGGGGUCUGCUGCACAACUCUUUAUUAAGUGGCGAAGGUGGCUAUUAUAUAACGACGUUGUCAAGCGCAGUACAGGCGCUGAAGAAUUUCAAGUCCAGCCAGAAAACCGUAUCAACUUCGAAUGGAAGCGGAACUCCGGACUGUUCGUCCGUAUUACGAAUUUUGGUACCAGAUGAACUCCAUGGUUCCCUGAAUAAUAGGACACUUCCUGUGCGGCCCAACAUGAGUACCAAGGAAAUUUGCCGCAUCCUCGCACAUAAGAUCAGAUGCACGAAUCCUCAAGAUUAUGGACUUUUCAAGUUGGUGCACGGGGAAGAAACGUUGCUCGGAGAUCAUGAAUGCCCUCAAGAACUCUCUCACUGCCUGUUCGCUUACAAGCGAAUCGAUGCAAAGAUAGCGUGGCCCAAGACUAGCUCUUAAAAGAAGUAUUUUAAUUGACUUAGUCUCUAGACGGCAAAAAUCGGUAUUGCUCUCUUUUUUAAAAUACACGUUGUGAAAAUUAUUGGAAUGCACAGUAUUUUACGUAAAUUUUUUCCGCAAAAAUGUAUCCUUUACUAUUAAACUUGUGACUAUUUCGAAAUUUUGGCGGAAAUCUUUCUAACACUGCCACUUUUGCAAAGUAUUUGCUACAUUAGAAAUAAACGGUGAAUAAUCAGGAGUCUUUACCAGUUAUGCAAGUAUUUCAGGUACUUAAAGGAUAGACGAAGUUUGUAUCAGAUGUGGUCAUUGCGUUAAAAAAAGCACACAAAUUUCUUAAGUUAUAUAAGAAAAUGUGGAACUAGAAUAUAUCUCGAUAAUGCGAUAAUUUAUUCGUCGAUUGUUCUACCUUAACCCUCAGCAGGUACCAUCGAGGUCUCUCAAGCACUAGGAUAUUGAAAAACUACGAUGUUGAAAAAGUUGAUAUCACGAGCUUAAAAAAACUUAUAGUUUCGCAAAAAUAAUAUGUAAUUUUUCCUUGAUAUUUUCUCUCUUCAAUCUACCUGAAUAUUAUAUUAAACUUAUAUAUAUAUAUAUAUAUAGAAUUUAUGGUACCUUCUAAGGAUUAAUUGUGAAUUGAAAUGGGCACAAGGAAAAGUGUUAUCGCAUUAUGUCGAGAGAUGUAUUCAUCGCGACCAAAUGUCUAUUAAUUGAAUCCAGUGGAGAAGAAAGAAAAAACCGAAAACAAUGCGCGCGUGUGUAUCUGCAUGAAUGUGUGUAUAUAUACGUAUAUAUGUAUACAUCCAUACAUAUAUAUAUAUGUGUAAUUAAAUAUAUACGAUAUACAUAUGUAUGUAUGUGGGUAUAUAUGUAUAUGUAUAAUGUGUCAUAAAAAAUCAUGUACGUAUUUACUCAGUAUUUAAUGUCCGGUGGAUGUUUGCAAUAAAAACGAAUACUACUAUCUCGAGAUGCGAGGUUGCCCUGCAGCAAAGUGGCAUUUGAACUGAUAGAACAUCGAAACAAAGUAUUUAAAAAAAUUUAUAAAUAAUUUCGAAUAUUAUUAAUAUUACUAAUCUGAUAUUAUUAAUUAACAAUUAAAAUUGUUGGCAAUACUAUAAAUACCACUUCAUUCUUUCUUAAUAAAAGAGAACGUAAUUAUUUAAUAAUAAUUAAAUAAUUUAGUAGAACUUGUUAUUGAACAGUUUUACGUCAUUUUAUUACUACGAUUUAAAUUGAAAAAAUUAACAAAAUUUUCCAUCAACCUGAUUUUCUCCAGAAAUUUUAUUUUUGUAAUGUGCACAUGCAUAGCUUGUACGUAUAAUAAUAAUAAUAAUAAUAAUAAUAAUAAUAAUAAUAAUAAUAAUAAUAAUAAUAUGCGCGAUGAUCUCUCUCAGUUCAGAACUGUCUUUGCGAAUACUAUAUUUUGAUGUGUAUUUGUGUUUAUACAUAUAAACAUAUAAUAUACACGCAAAGAAUGAGAAAGAUUACUAUACGUUUUUUAUAAUAUGAAUGACAAAAGAUUCUUAUGAAAAUUUCUCGACGCAAUCUUUAUAAUAAGGAACAAAGAAAAUUAGCUUAGAUACUCUAUUUUAAGUACUUUCUACGAAAUAAGAGAAAGAGUCACGAGUUAGUAUCAUAGAUAAGCAAUCUGUACUCGUAGGCGAGGAUUUCGUAUAUUUAUUAUUAUUACAAGUUGUAUACAUACCUUUAUUAAUAAGUAUUUUUUAAAUGUGAUUUCUUAUUCGUUUCUCCUUUCUGAAAGUUUUUUUCCAGGCUGAUCUGCAUCUAGAAGGCUGUGUGUGCAUGUGCGUACAUGCGUGAAUGUGUGUAUGUAAUUCUUCUACUGCGUGUGUCGAUGAAAUUAAGAAACAAUUAGGUAUGACGAUAAUAAUAAAUACGCAAUAAUAUAAUCGUCGAUAUACUAGAAAAUAUAUAAAUAACAAAGUAUAACGGAAUAUCGACGAUUUUGACGUAAGGUUUGCAAAAGAUAACGAUGAACAGAUCAGCCUCACAUUUUACUAUCUUUUACAGUAUACUCGUUAUACGUCUAAUAAUAAUUAAUAAUCUACAAAUGUAUAUUUUUUUUAUCCUCUUCCGUUAAUUUAUUAAAUGCGUAUAAUAUAAAUGUAUUAUUUUCAAUAUCGUGAGUAUUGCGUAGAUGUGUUUUAAUUCUCUUUCACGACAAUUAUUAACACGAUGAUUAAUGUCGAUAAUAUGCUUUUAUUGUGCUAGUCAAACCGAUACAAAUCAGAGAAAUUUGUACCAAUAUGUUUAAGUAAAUAAUUUUUUAUGCAUUAUUACAGCUUGUAUUAUUAAUUAAUUUUAUUGUUAUUACAUCCUUCAACGAUUAUUACCAUUGUAUUAUGUAACUCUAUGCUCAAUAAACACUUUUCUAUUAUUCGA